AUGCUCGAUAGGGUAAAGCUGCUAGACACGUCGGAGAGCUAUAUAAACCUGCCCCACCGCUCCUUGCUUCCUCAGCAAACUUUCAGCCACUCACCAGUACCACCAGUCACAAUGCGCAUCGCACUCUUCGUCCUCGCUUUCGCCGCUGUGUUCGUCCUCGCCAGCCCCAACGCUGACAAGAAGAAGAAGGUCAAGAAGCCCACCGCCGCUCCCGCCGACGCUGCUCCUCCCGCCGACGCACCACCCGCUGACGAUGCUGCUGCUGCCUAA